GUCCAGUUGUCAGCAGCACUGAGUCAACCUGAGGAAGAGGAAGAAGAAGCUGAACCGGCAGUGAGAUGGCUCCAACAAGAGGCUCAUUCGGACGAGGACGUGACAGGCAGGGGAGAGGACACAGAGGAAACGGCCUCCAGCCACUGAGACGGGAUCAGAUCAGGCAGAGAGCUGGGAACCAGGAAACACAAACAGCAACUGAGAGACGUCUGUUGAAGAUGGUUGUGUCGACGCUGCAGCCCUUGGUAAUCACACAAGAUGCUAACUUUCAGAGUUUCGUUAAAGCACUGGACCCCUGUCUUCAAAUUCCCACCACAUCUGUGAUCCGCUCGCAGCUGCUCAGCUUCUACCAAGAAAAAACAAACAGUUUGCGAUUGAUCUUGGCCUCCGCUGACCACGUUGUGCUAACAUGUGAGCUGUGGGCCUCCGGAGCUGAAGACUACUGUCUGACGGUGGGUUGCCAUUUUGUGAACAAGUAUGGGAACCUCAAGUCUUACAUGCUCCAAACUACCAGCCUGUUCGGAGACGAUUCUGCAGCCAACAUUCAGAAUCAGCUCUCAGCCGUCAUGGAGGCGUGGGGCAUUGAAGAAAAGGUCCACACUGUGAUCAGAGCUGGGAUGCCACAACUGAAAACAGUUAAAACCAAAUGGACACACAUGCCUUGUUUUGCUGACACCUUGAAUGUGUUAUUUAAGGAUCUGAUGAGUGACGAGGAGCUGUCGAAUGUUCUCACAAAGUGUCAGAGGAUCGUCAGGUUCUUUACGAUUUUUCUUUAUGAUGCUGAGGCUGAGAAGAUGCUCAGAGAGAUUCAGAAGAAGCUCAAAGUGACACAGGAUGAGCUGAUCAUGUACUCUGGGGACCGAUGGCUUCCCUGGCUGCAAAUGCUUCAACGACUGAAUGAGCAGUACAAGGCCAUGGUGAUGGUGCUUGAUGACAGAGGCAAGACAGAUUUAAUUCUGAAUGAAACGGAUAAAGAGAAAAUCAGGAACAUCAUCUCAGCUCUGAAACCCUUGAAGGAAGCAGCGUCCACAAUGGAAAAGGGGUUUGAGACCAUUUCGGCCAUGCUGCCACUGCUGAAGAAACUCAUGAACAAUCUCAGAGAGGAAGAAAAGAAAAAGAAUCUUGUGGCGCAGACACUGUUGUCAAAAUGUGAAAAGAAAUUUGGUGACGUAAACAACCACGUACUGGCUCCCAUCACGUUCCUUGAUCCAAGAUUCAAAAACCAGCUGGGAGAGCAAAACAAAAAACAAGCGAUGACAAAGAUCAUGAAGGAUCUCGCUGCAGGCCCCGCCUCCUCCUCUGCUCCUUAUCUGAGGGCUGUACUGGACAGGUACAUGGACCACGAGUCGACUUCAGAGACGUCAAACCCUUUGUCCUGGUGGAGGCACACAGGAAAGCAGCAUUACGGCGAACUAAGCCAGCUCGCUCUGAAGAAACUUGGGGUUGUCUCUACCGCUGUUCCCCUGGAGAGAGCUUUCUCCGAUGAAGGUGAUCGAUUCUGUAAACUUAGGAGCUCCAUUGAGCCCGAAAACCUCAACAUGAUCCUGUUCCUCAACAGCAACUGGUCCACAAUAUCUUAGAUACAAAUCUGUUGAUCUCUGCACAGAUGAAAACACACACACCCAACUGAACUCACCCCAGCAAGCCAAAUGACGUCCGGUUAACGUCGUGUUGAUGUCAUUCGGAGACGUUCCGGACUAGUCUAAAUCACGGCCAAAUAGGCGACGUUUUAGACGUCAUUUCCAGGAUGUCCUCACCAAGACGUCACCUCGACAGCUUGAAAUGACGUUCAAA